CAACACCAGGGGUCGCUGUAGCUGAGGAGCAUCUAGCCCGCUUCUUCCUGUCUCUGUUCUCUCCCAUCACUCAGUGCUCCACCUUUCCUUUCUCUCUUCCGCUGCGACAUAGUGGUGACUGGUUGCGCGGUCUUCGCCAUGUCCUCCCACAAGACAUUCAAGAUCAAACGGUUUCUUGCUAAGAAGCAGAAACAGAACCGUCCCAUCCCACAAUGGAUCCGUAUGAAAACUGGCAAUAAGAUCAGGUACAACUCCAAAAGGAGGCACUGGAGGAGGACCAAGCUGGGCCUCUGAAGAGAAGCCGCUCCAGCCCUUGUAGCGCAUUUCAGCCUGCAUCGAGACUUCAUAUGGCCCUUUGCCACCAACCUGCCACAGCCCUGUUUUCAAAGCUGACUCAUGUUGUGCAUAUUUUCUUUUACAGACCUUUAUUUUCACAAAGGGUUUUUUGAAAGAAUUAAAACCAAAUAAUGGAAAGCUUUGUGUACAAUUAGUGCCUUUUUAGUUCUCAGUGCAUCUAUGUUCAAGGAAUUCUUGUUGCUGGUUGAGAGAGGUUCAUUAAUAAAUAUGAGAUCACACAGA